GGUGCUCCACUGGCUCGGAGACUGAGGCACCUGUCAGACACAGACACAGACACAGAGACAGACAGAGAGAGACAGAGAGAGAGAGAGAGAGAGACGUCCCCUUCACUCACACCAGCCACUCAGACUCAACUCAGCGAUCCUCGACGGAGCUGCUUGGACUUUGCUCUGCGGGGUGUAAAGUGACAACAGGAGGACUGUAAAGGGGGAAAGAAGAACAAAGAAGAGAAACUUCGAGAACAAGCAUGUCAAAAGAGGGGGACAAAGCAUCUGUGUUUCGUACCACCAAAGUGCGCACCAAGCUGAAGGGAGAUGGCAGCUGGUUGCAGCGCCGCAGUGAAACCGAGGAGGAGGAGGAGGAGGUGAAACCCUGGGUAGCGGAGGUGAGGGCGAGCCGUGUGAACGGAGCCCCAGCUGAGACCAGUCCAGUGCCUUCACCGACAAAGCCCACCCUGCCGCCAACCAAGCCUGACGCUGAGAGAGCACCAACGUCUGGAUAUCUGAUCAGAGGCGUUUUCACUAAACUAGACGACAAGCCUGCAUCAUCCUCAACAUCUAAUGGUGUCAGUGGAGCGACGCAAUUCAACAAAAAGCCUUCAGAGAGCUACAAGAGAAUAGCCCCCCACACCGUGAGGCCCACCUCGGAGAACCAGGGGGGCCAGUUUAGCAGCGAGGAGCAGGAGAAACGGACGGAGGCAGCCAGCAACGUUCUGAAGAAAUCCGCAGUCAGGCAGCGCUCCUAUGUGUUUUCUGCUGCUCAGAAAUAUGAGUCUAAAGAGAAAGUGCCUGACACCUCACCGGUCAAGAGCAGUGCAUCAUUUGUGGCUAAAAGGGUGGAGCUUUUCGAUGAUGACGAAGGCACGAAGACCCCAACACCCGUCAGCCCUCCGUCUCCGCUGCCCUCCCCCGUCACAUCCGUUGCCUCCGCACCAAAUCCCAGACCAAGGAAAAUAGGUGAGACCAGUGUGACAGCACCGGUCGAUGUCGCUGCCGAUGAGCCGGUGGCUCCAAAGGUGCAGGAGACGACACCCGCCCCAGUGUCCGUUCCACAAAAAGACCCAUUUGGAGGCAUGAAACCAGGGUGCACCAAGGUGGCCACACCGCUCCCCGAACUCCUCCUCCCCGUGUUUGUUGAAGCAGUCAACGCAGAGCCAGAGGAUUCCGAUGAUUCUGAGCAAGCAGACACCUCUCUGGUUAAACUCACCCCAGCAUUAACAACCCUGGUGUCAACCACUCCAGCAGCUCCUGCCCCAGUGUCCCCCAUCCUGACUCCAACUGUCCCAAAAUCACCAGCUCCAGCGUCCCCCUUCCUGACUCCAACUGUCCCAAAAUCACCAGCUCCUGCCCCAGUGUCCCCCUUCCUGACUCCAACUGUCCCAAAAUCACCAGCUCCUGCUCCAGUGUCCCCCUUCCUGACUUCAACUGUCCCAAAAUCAUCAGCUCCUGCUCCAGCGUCCGCCGUCCUGACUCCAACUGUCCCAAAAUCACCAGCUCCUGCCCCAGUGUCCCCCGUCCUGACUCCAACUGUCCCAAAAUCACCAGCUCCUGCCCCAGUGUCCCCCGUCCUGACUCCAACUGUCCCAAAAUUACCAGCUCCUGCUCCAGUGUCCCCCGUCCUGACUCCAACUGUCCCAAAAUCACCAGCUCCAGCGUCCGCCGUCCUGACUCCAACUGUCCCAAAAUCACCAGCUCCUGCCCCAGUGUCCCCCGUCCUGACUCCAACUGUCCCAAAAUCACCAGCUCCUGCCCCAGUGUCCCCCGUCCUGACUCCAACUGUCCCAAAAUUACCAGCUCCUGCUCCAGUGUCCCCCGUCCUGACUCCAACUGUCCCAAAAUCACCAGCUCCAGCGUCCGCCGUCCUGACUCCAACUGUCCCAAAAUCACCAGCUCCAGUGUCCCCCGUCCUGACUCCAACUGUCCCAAAAUCACCAGCUCCAGCGUCCGCCGUCCUGACUCCAACUGUCCCAAAAUCACCAGCUCCAGCGUCCCCCUUCCUGACUCCAACUGUCCCAAAAUCAUCAGCUCCUGCUCCAGCGUCCGCCGUCCUGACUCCAACUGUCCCAAAAUCACCAGCUCCUGCCCCAGUGUCCCCCAUCCUGACUCCAACUGUCCCAAAAUCACCAGCUCCAGCGUCCCCCUUCCUGACUCCAACUGUCCAAAAAUCAUCAGCUCCUGCUCCAGUGUCCCCCUUCCUGACUCCAACUGUCCCAAAAUCAUCAGCUCCUGCUCCAGCGUCCGCCGUCCUGGCUCCAACUGUCCCAAAAUCACCAGCUCCUGCUCCAGUGUCCCCCGUCCUGACUCCAACUGUCCCAAAAUCACCAGCUCCUGCCCCAGUGUCCCCCGUCCUGACUCCAACUGGCCCAAAAUCACCAGGUCUAUUGUUUGCUGCAACAGCGAUCACCGUGAAGACUGAACCUGAACCCGAAAAAGAACCUGAACCAGAACCAGAGCCCGAAUCUCAACUUUCUUCAAAGCCAAGCUCCAGUGUUCACGCGCUCGCUGCCUUGUAUGACUCUCUCAUUCCUUUCGACACAACCAGUCUCAAGGAUGAGGAGCCAGAGCAGACAGAGGAGGAGGACGAAGUCUCUGCCAACAGUCACGCCACAGAGAAUAGUGUUGCGACGGAGCCAGCUCUCAGCAACUGUGAACCAAUAACAGACGAUCUCCUGUCUCUCGACGAUGGCCCAGAGGAGUUAGCAGAGCCCGUUCCCCCCAGCCCAGGACGAUGGAGUCAGGAUCUGCUCAGUGGACUAGACAGUGAGGCAGACCCUGCAAAGACCAGUGGCGCCAUGGAUCUCCUCGCUAAUGAUGUGAUUCCAAUCAACACAGAAACACGCAGCCUCAGCAUGCGGCGAGAGGAGUGGAAGCCGACAGACGAGACAGCCAAAGAAAUUCAAAGCCUCACAGAGACAGUCACUGUAACCACCAAAACUGUGAUUAUUACUGACAGAAGCGAGGAGGACAAUUCAGAUCCCUGGAGCUCACGUGUGACAACUGUGGUCACGGAAUCAAGCUCGGCUGAUCCGUUUGAUCCAUAUCCGAUAGGGACCACAUCCCCUAACAGCUCCUCUGACCUGCUCCAGCCCCUUGAAGAUAUUUCCAUCAACAGGGCACCAACCACUUUCAUGGAGUGUAAAGAUCCAAGCCCAGAAGUACAUAUGAUCGGUAAUACCCAGAGAUCCCUCACAGACGACAUCAUCCCCAUCAACACUAACACCACAAGCCUCAGCACUCAGCGGUCAUGGGCGCGCACAUGGGAAACAAUCCCACCUCAGCAGAUUAACACGGACGAGAGCCAAGAGCCUGAGCCGGAGAACCAGGCUGGAGAUCAACAGACGCUGAUCAGGUUUGAGAGAAAGUCCAGCGAGAAUGACUCCCCAUGGGACAGGUGGACAUCGCCCACUGUUUAUACUAUCACUACAGGAGAGGAAGAUGAGGAGGAGGAGGAGGAGGAGGAGGAGGAAAGAAGCCCCGAGGACACACACAUGCAGACAGUCACAACCGUCACCACUAUCAGGGAGAUACACAGUGAGCCAGAGCCUGCGAUGGAUCGUCAUGAAACCAGCUAUUCCAGCACCGUGGUGGAAGAGGAGCGCCGUGUCCCAACACCAGAACCCAGCACCAAGAAGCCGUUUGUAUAUGUGAAGGAGUAUGUCAAUGCAACAGAGCUGUCCUCGCAUAAUGCCAGAGAUCUAAUGGAUAGUGGGUCAGAUUAUUUGACAUCAAGCUCCACGAAUUACUCUUACAGCAGCCCCUCCGCAUACUCCAGGGGCUCGCUGUCGUCCGCCUGUACAUUCUGCGGAGAGCAGGUGGGCAAUGAUGCCAAGAUCACCAUUGAGCAUCUCAACAUCAACUGUCACCCCGACUGCUUCAAGUGCGGCGUGUGUCGUAAGCCUAUGGGAGACCUCCUCUACAGUAUGUUCCUUCAUGGUGGGAAAGUCCACUGCGAGAGCUGCUACUCCAACGCCUCCGACUGAUUAUUAAAGCUCUUCAGCGGCCUCUUAUCCCCGUCCCUUCCCUUCAUGUUCAUUUGCAUAUAAAGUGAGAACUGGUCUUUCGCAAAGUUUGGAUGUGUUCAGUGGGAACUUUGCUGCGGUUUAGGGUGGUGAAGAUACCAUUGUAGUGAACAGCAUGAUUUUGUUAUGUUGACGCUUACGCUAGGUUCAAUUUGUAAUUUUCUUAAACAUGUUAAACAAG